GAUAGGAUAGGAUAGUUAAAUUAUACUGGCUAGGUCCGAUUCCCGAACAACCAGUUUACCGUACUGUACAAUCACUACUUAAGAUUACAGUAACGGAACACACAUUUCUAAUAGGUAUCAGCUAGUGUUAGCCGGCCAGCCGAAGACCCCUUGUUAAAUGGCAAUGCCGACGGAAACCUGUAACUUUUCUCUUUCCCUCUCUCUCGUCGACUCACCCCACCGGCUGGCCCGGUGAAGAGUAUACACAGUAAACAGCGUAAUUUAUCCAAUCUCGACCUACGUAUUCCGAAAUGUUAAUUCGGAACACUGUCUUCCCUUUCCUUACUCUCGCAAUCUCUCUCUCCGUGCAGGGUGCUCCUACUGGUUCCAAGCCGCGAGGAAACAGUCACAUUGUUAUUGCUCGCAAUGCAGCAGGCUUCCUUGAACGGGAUGCUCCCUUCGAUGACAAGACUUUAUUUCUUAGGAGUGGGGAACACUCUCAGUUAGAGGCACGACAACAGCAGAAGGGGCAAAAAAGUGGGCAGCAAAAUCGUUCCAGUCACAACAAGAACGUUGUGAACAGUUGGGGAAAGAAUACAGAUAGGAAUCGGAGGAAGAAGGCGAAACAGAGGGCUAAAGCGAAACUUCGAAAGGCUGCAGCCAAUGCAAACUCUGUCCAUCCUGCAGUGACAGCGAAGACGGUGGCUACACCCCCUCAUGUGGGUGCCUUGAAGGAGCCCGUGCAGGCACCCCUUACAGAGGCAGAGAAGAAGUUGGAACUGGAAAAAGCGACGGAGAAGAAGGAGGAGGAGGAGAAGAAAGACGGAGGGGAGGCGAAGAAAGAAGAACCAAAGCCUGUAAUUCCUGAACAUAAAGAGACUCCGGCGGAGAAGAAAGAGGAGCUAAACCAUCUUCAAACAACCGAGGGAGAAGCACCAGUGCCACCGACUGGGGCUGAUGUGACCACUGCGGCAACCGCGGCGGUAGGAUCACUCGCACAACUAGCCCCUAUGAUUGCACAAGGGAUGGCUGCAGGAGGGUCCGCAGGAGCAUCAUCGGCUAUAGCAAACGAUGUGAUGGGUGGUGGCGCCUCAGGUUCCCCCAAUAGUGGUUCGACUAGCAAUGCAGGCAGUUCAUCUACCGGUGAUGGCGUUCCUCCCAGCAGUACCGGCUCUUCUAGUUCCUCUAACUCUUCUGGUUCAGAUUCUUCGACCAGUUCCAACAAAGGGGAAGGUGAGAAAGAGGGUAAAGGUGAUGAGGACAGUGGCAAGAAGGAGGACGACGGGACGGGAGAUGGGAAAGGUGAUGAGACCGGUGACGGGAGUGAUAACGGGAAGGGUGACGAGAGCAGCAAUUCCGAGGAUGACAAGAAAACCGAUUCCAAGAAAAAAUCACCUGACCCUGAUUCUGGUCAUGGUUCCACCGAAGAGAAUGGUGCCAGUACUAAGAGUCCCAAAGGUAAUGAUGGCGCCGACAUGAGGAAACGAGGUACUGACCUGUAUCUUCGUCGACUCAUGACCUUGGACUAGUGUGACUCUUGACAUGUUCCUUCCUUGAUUUCGUUUUCCCUUGUAACUUCUUCUUCUACUGCUUUUCUGUAUGUUUUGGAAACGACGGCCUUGAAAUUUGUGAGAGGAAAUUGCAGACCAAACCGGUACAACCACUG